GGGGCGGUGGCGUGGCGCCCGUGCUGGUGGCGGUGCCUCCUCCUCCUCCUCCUCCUCCUCCUCCUUCCUCCACCUCCUUCUUCUUCUUCUUUUACUCCUCCUCCUCCUCCUGGCCCCGUCGCGGCCGCGUGCGGGCGGUGCCAGACGCCGAGCCGGCCACACGCCCGCGGCUGUGUCGGGCUGAGGAGCGGGCACCCCCGGCACCGCCACCAUGACGGCGGCCAUGCGGCAGCGCUUCGACCGCUUCCUGCACGAGAAGAACUGCAUGACCGCCGCCCUCGAGCGCAUCGAGAGCAAGACCGGCGUCGACCGCAGCUACAUCGCCAUCGCUGUCCUCGGGGCGGUGGCCGUGUACCUGGUGUUCGGCUACGGCGCCUCGCUGCUCUGCAACAUCAUCGGCUUCGGAUACCCCGCAUACGUCUCGAUCAAGGCCAUUGAAAGUCCCAACAAAGAUGAUGACACACAGUGGCUGACCUACUGGGUCGUGUAUGGUGUUUUCAGCAUAGCAGAAUUCUUUUCCGAUAUCUUCCUGUCCUGGUUCCCUUUCUACUACAUGCUAAAGUGCGGCUUUCUGUUGUGGUGCAUGGCUCCCAGCCCGUCUAAUGGAGCGGAGUUUCUCUACCAUCGAAUCAUCCGGCCUUUCUUCCUGAAGCACGAAGCUCAGCUGGACAACGUUGUUAAAGAUCUGAAAGACAAGGCUGCAGAGACUGCAGAUACCAUCGCUAAAGAAGGUGAGGAAAAGACCACUCAGUGAUCACACCGAGUAGGAAGAAUUUACCUUUGCAGCCCUAGUAUUAAAGCCAAGAAAGCAACAGUGAACUUAUUGGGUGAAGAGAAGAAGAGUACUUAAACUUUAACUGGAUAAAGCUUCCCUACCACUUCCUUUACGAAGCUUGAUGUUACUGGGAACUGUGGUAUAACUUUAAUAAUGUUGCCUUGGAAACAUUUUGAUAUAUUAAAGGAAUGUGUUAUAAGUUCGCUUACUACUUUGCUGUUGUCUGUAUAGAGAUUGAGCAUUUUUAUUUAAAAGCAAUGCAGUGGGCAGCAUCUGAAGCUUAAUGAAAACAUCUUCUUCAUCUUCAUGCAGAAAAAAUCUUUCAGUAAUCACCUUCUGCGGUAACAUAAAUAAAAGGUAUAUCUCCCAGCAGCUGUUGCACUUUAGUUGUCUCUUCGUGCAUGUAAUUACCCUUAAUGCUGGCUUUGGUGUGUCUGGUAAUACAAUAUUAUUGUAUAAGGACAAUAUUAGUCUGAACAGAUUUUCUUGAAUAUACAGGGGAUAAUUGAGAGAGAUGGCAGAGCUGAUGUAUUCCUCACUAGUGAAGUAGUGAAUGAUGAAAUCACCUGUUCUAGAGGCACCUGAUGAUAGAGAUUAUUCACUGCUGCAUGUUUUGUUGUGUUUGGUACAAUGUGCAUAUUCUUAAAUGGAUAGACACUAAAUAUAAGAACGAGUAACUUCAUUCGAGUGAUGAGACCUAUAUUAGUGUGAGGUAAUUUAACAGAAGUGAUGCGUUAAGUUGCACAAGAUGACUGCAGUACAACUCUCUUGCCUUCUCUUUCUAAAUAAAGUUGUCAUCUAAAAUUGUAAAUAGAGUGCCUUCUUAAGUUCACACUCAAAAGCACAAACCACCUUUUUAUUAGGAACAAUAACAUUACAAACACUUCUUCCUCAAGUCCUGAUGAUGUAUUAUUUACUGCAUUAGGUAUCAGUCCAUGUAACUACAUCAUUAAUGGGGUGGACGGCCAGUGCCACAAGCUUUUUCUGCACAUAAACAUCUCCAAUCUGUUCUGACUGUCCAAGAACAGCUUUGCAUGAGCACUGAAAAUUCCUGAAUAGGGAGGGAUGCUAUUAUUUAGACUACUUGAUAUACUUCUGACCAAUGGGUAAGAAUGCAACCCAAACAAAGAGAAUGAGCGCUUUUUCAUAGUUGAUGGAAAAUAUUUUUAUAGAUCUGAAGCUGCAUUUGCUUUCACACUACAGUAUUUUCAACAAAUUCAGCAUGAAUUACUGAAAUCUCUGUUCUCAUCUCUAUGCUGACACGUCUUCAAAGCCCACAGUAGUGUUCUGACAGUUUUAAACUCAGAAAACACACAGAAAAUAGAAGGUAAGCUUGAACUUUUGAUGUGAUAAGAAGUGAUUUCUGGUCCUCAACUUAAAUUCUAGAGUAAAACAGACUUUUGAAGAUUUGGGGCUUUCUGUAACAAGUUGGUAUAGAAACAUACACUCUAAAUUCUCAGGCACAAGAACUGUAAAAGAGUGAAGCACACAGUUACUGGGCAGAUCAAGUUUACAUUUGAGAAAUGCCUAUUAUUAGAAAAGAUAUAACAGUGUCUUAAGAGUAUGCGUUUUAAACUUCAAGCUGCAAAACAGACCUUAGAGCAGUCAAAUAACAUGCAUGAGGUCCUAUGCAUUAUUUUCCGUAGGACAGAAUAGAGCUUGUUAUUUUAAGAGAAAAAAUAAAGUAUCACGCACUGUCAUUCAAUAGCAACAUUUUAUUAUGAGGGGAUAUGCAGAAAAAAAUACAGGGUAAGGCAAACUUCUUGUGAGCAAGUAGGAAGUUUGACAUGACCCACACAUUUAAUGCUUUAUUUUCUUAUUUUCCUCUGUCUUUAACCUGCUGAACUUUUCUGUAAGCCAUACUGAAUACUAAUGCUGCGUUUCAAACACUGUCAGCUGUGUGCAUACCAGUCAAGUUGCCAGUGCUAUUUAGUCUCACCUCUAGAAAUAGUCUUACAGAUACCUAAAAAUUUGAUUUAGGUACAAAUUGCUAGGUAAAUUACUCCCCUAAAAGUUGUCAAUAAAUCUUAGACUUUCCAAAACUAACCAGAGCUGUGCUAGAUUCACAAUGCUCAAACUAGACAACAGUUGUUCCACUGUUACCAGUGGAGAUAAAACGCUUUUAGCUUAAGUUUUAAAAUGGUCCUUACAUCUCUUAGAACUUAGCGGUUAGUUAGGCUUUACAUUAACUUCUGUUACAUACAGCUCAGUAUUUCCUGAUCCAGCAGCUAUGCUCGGUGAUCCUGAUUUCUGCUUGAGGUAGACCUACUGUCUGAGGGGAAGCUGUGAGCAGAACUCAGUCUCAUUUACCUUGCUGCAAGUGGAAGUGACCAUCUAGGACAUCCAUGGACUUCUAGAGAGACUUAAUUCUGAGAGCUAAACACACCGUGUCCUCACGGAAACAAUUAAUUUCUAAAAGAUUGAGGAGGUUUUGUGAAGACUUCAGUUAAAGGUAAAGAGUGUUUCUGCGGCAAGUUGUCCUUUCGUGCAGGUAACUCCACAGGGCUGGCCCCGCACACCGCGCUCUUCUCAAAGUCCUCUUCACAACAUAUAUAUGCGAAUGUUCCUAUACACAUCUACUCAAUGUCUGUGCUAAACCUGUAAUGUGCUAGAUAAAAAAUAAAAGGAGAUUCUUAAAGGA